AUGACGUUCGUUUCGGCCUCCAGCGGCUCAGCUGCCAAGCAGCUGGAAUCCCACAUCAACGCGCUUGGCAAUGGGGCGCAGGCCAUUUCCGUCCAAGUGGACAUAGCACACGUCGAUGCCCCGCGGACCAUAGUGGAUCAGACGCUAGCAGCUUUCGGGCCGGCCAUCGACAUCCUCAUCAACAACGCAGGCAUCGGUAUCAGGAAAAGCUUUCUGGAGACGACUGUCGACGACUUCGACCACGGCAUCCAGGUCAACUUGCGCGGUGCGUUUUUCAUGUGCCAAGCUGUUGUUCCGCAUCUUCGACGUCCCGGCCGGAUCGUCAACAUCAGCUCCAUUGUCUCGCGCACGGGAGGGCCUCUGUACGGCGUCUACGCUGCGUCCAAGGCUGGGCUGGAGGGCUUCACGCGCUCGCUGGCUGCGGCUGUGGGCCCGUACGGCCACAGCGUGAAUGCUGUGUUGCCGGGCCUGACGGAUACCGAUAUGCUGCAGGAGAUUACGGCUGACGACGAAUCUGCGGCCUUUCAUCGCGGAGUGGCUGCUGCCACGCCCAUGGAAGGUAGAUUCGCUACUCCCGAGGAUAUAGCACGCGUCGUUGUUUUCAUGGCUGGUCCCAAUAGCCAUUGGAUGACUGGGCAGUCGGUCAGCGCGACUGGUGGCCUGUUGAUGGUAUGA